ACCUUAUCUCGAGAUAUUAGAUAUGUCGGAAUUUCCUUCUUGGAUAUACCAUCUGUUAGUCUUUAGGGACUAAUUUUCAUAAUCUUUGUCUGCAAUUUCUCAGGUAUAAAUGCCUUUAUUUUUGAGGCCAUGGCUUAUUCGCCUUCCAAUUGGGUAGUUGGGAGAGAGAUGAAUAUCCAGCCUCCUGGUUGAGACAUGUUUACCCGUUUCACGGGUUUACCUCAUUCAAGCAGUUUAAUUUUUCUUAACACUGCUGUUCACUAGAACAUCAUUGUCCCAAAAAUGCAUUGCGGUUGCAUUGCGGUUGUAUUUCUAUAUAAUGGAUAUCAAUUUGCGCUGGGGCCGGCCUAUCAAGCAGUCUACCCAGCCUCACCAAGCCAGCAAUUUAGCGAUAUUCAAAUUUUGUAGAUUAAUUUCGCAAGAAGCCUGUGGAAUAUUCUUGAAUAAUGGCUUUAAAUGAAGCCCUGGAUAUAAGGAAUGCAACAUUGUUCAGUGCGUUGAAACUGCCCUUGUUGCUUGUUCAACCCCUGACCUGUCAACAACAAACAUAUUUUUCUUUUUCCCAUGAAUAGGCGGCAAACAAACCUGUCAUAUGAACUCACUGGCUUUCAUUCUCUUGUUCUAUGUUGCUUAAACAUCUUCCCUUCAUAAUUCACUAGAAUAUUGGAGAAAUUUACGCAUUCUCGUGCUGGUUCCUCCUUGGCCUAGAAAAAUCGGAAUGGCCAUGCCCUAGGACGGAAUACUUUUCUAAUUACUUUCUGGAUAAGGCCACUACCUAGGCUUCUGCCUCAGAAUGGCGAAACAGGAGGAGGCGCUGUUAUAUCUCCUCGAGACAGCCCAGGCAUUUAUCAUGGACGAGGAUCUAACUGAUUCAAGUGUUGAAGGACGCUCCGUUGACUCCAAUGUCGAUACUGAUACUUGUACUUCUCCCAAUACCGACUUGGGGACUGACACUUCCAUGUCAGAAGAUGCUGGUAACGACGACGCCAAUAUAUCCGGGGAAGACGAUUUGAAAAGUCUGAUAAAUCUCCCUCCAGAAAUCCUGCGAGGCAAAUACUCUUCAGCCCCUGGCAAGAGACCCAAGCCUGGAUUGAACUUCAACCUCCCCCCAAUUAGCAAAAUUGAGGAUAUUUUUGAUGAUAUCUCAAUCAAUGCUGAAAAGAAUGGGUUUAGUGACUUUCUCGACCACAUUGGUUCACGAGAUUUACGCGUCGCGACCAUGUGUUCUGGCACUGAAGCGCCCCUUCUUGCUUUGGAGAUGGCGAUAGCUAGUUUCAAAAAGAUUUUUGGAAAGACGUUCAGCAUGCACCAUUUAUUCAGUGCGGAGAUAGAUCCUUUCAAGCAGUCUUACAUCCAGAGGAAUUUCUCCCCUGAUAUAAUUUUCCGAGACGUCAAUGAGCUAAUUGCUGAUGAAGCAACUACAGCAUUUGGUUCCCUCCGGAAAGUGCCUUCAAAUUUGGAUCUACUUGUUGUUGGCUUCUCCUGCGUGGAUUUUUCGAAUAUGAAUCUCCAUCGUAAGACUCUUGACGAAAUGGGAGAAUCAGGCCAUACAUUCUACGGCGUCUUGCGAUACACUCAGCGUUGCAGGCCACCUUUGGUGAUCUUGGAGAACGUCUGCGGCGCUCCGUGGGGUCAUAUAAAGAAUGCUUUCAAAGAAAUGGAUUACCACGCGUAUCACAUUAAAGUAGACACCAAGAACUAUUACCUGCCACAAACGCGUGAGAGAGGUUAUAUGCUUUGUAUCGACCAAACCAGACUAGAGACCCCACUUCCUGCAGACCCCAAAUCAUCUACAUUUGCGAAGAUGAUGAAAAACUUUGAGCGCCCAGCAAGUUCGCCUGUUGCCCAAUUUUUACUCAAAAACGAGGACCCUCGUUUGCAGGAUGCUAUCAAUGAUAUAUCCACCAACCCAAUUAAAGACCGCCAAGCUGUUGACUGGACUCGAUAUAAGGCGCGUCACCUUCGGUAUAGAAUGAGGGAAGGCCUCGGGGAUAAAAGGCCUCUUACUCGUUGGCAGGAUAACGGCACCUGUCAAAUGCCUGACUUUUAUUGGCACGCAUGGAGCAGGGCGCAGACAGAACGUGUUUGGGAUACCCUUGAUGUCAACUAUUUGCGGAGCAUCGUCAGAGGUUUUGAUAUCAACUUCAAAUCUCGGAUUAUCGACCUUUCUCAGGGACUCGAUAGGGAGCUGGACCAACGCGCAUCCGGUAUAUCUGGUUGUUUGACUCCCCGGGGUCAGCACUUUGUCACAUCACGGGGUGGUCCUCUUUUAGGUAUUGAGGCGUUGGCUUUGCAGGGAAUUCCUAUCGAUAGGUUAUUACUAAGUAAUGACAGUCAAAGGGAUCUCAACGAUCUUGCAGGUAACGCGAUGAGUUCAACUGUGGUGGGGGCAGCGAUUAUGAGUGCUUUGAUUAUCGGACACCAAGCUCUCCCCUCUGGCACAACUUUCCAAAGUAACUCCAAAAAGGAAAAAUGCUGUACAACACAUAUGGAUGGCAAUCUAACCAUAGAGGUGGCCCCUAUUCAAUUGGGCGACGAAAUCGCGCUCUCUACACAUGAAAUUCUCGAAGUUGGAAAGCGAAGUUUGAGGAUGUGUAUCUGCGAAGGUCAAUUAUUAAUGAAAAGAACGGACAUGGUGACGUGCCUGAAAUGCGGGCUUACUGCAUGUAGAUCGUGUGGCCGCAAUCCUUUGCAUGUAUACUCCCCAGUUCCUAGGGACGAGUUAAACGCGCGGCGUUGCCCUAUCGAUUUCGAAACCCAGCUUAAGAAAAGGCUUCCAAUGAGACUCCAAAUUAACGGGCUCUCCCUUGCUCUGUACCGAGCACUAAUGGAAAAUAAUAUGCCAGUUGAUAUCAUGAAGGCAUGGGAGGACUUUUCCAGGGUACUGCUUCUAGCAUUAGGGGAUGAACUGCGAUUUCAGGGUGUGACUCGCCAAAGAUCCUGGACGAUAACAUAUAAAGGCUCCCUAUCUGUAUUAAAAUUUGUCUGCUCGCCCGGAACGUUGCAAUGGUUCUUUUACCUUGCCCCCCCAAAAGAUGAACCAAGCAACUCUCCACUUCGACAAAUUUUACGAUGUCCCAUCGCUUUCAUGACUCCAUCUGGCGAGAAUAUUUUGAAAGGAAUUUGGCAUAUCAAGUCCCCAAUUAGUUCAUAUUUUGACAUUGCUAUUGCUGGGAGCGGAGAUCUUCUUCCUUCUACCGGCUCGAGAGCUGGUUUAAAGCACUCGCAUUUUGCUGGUGCUAAGGUAUGGAGCCAGAUUAAUAUAUCUUCAACUGAUGCUGCGGUUGAAAAUUUGGAGUUCGAUAUUCGCGGAGACUACGAGCUUCUGCAGGAUUGCGGUGCUGCAAGUGGAAGCUUGCAUAAGAAGAUGGUAUCUGGCUGUGAACCGCCUGUUUACUUUUUCCUGGACCCAACAGAAAUUGGCCCUACAGAAUUUGAUUCUUGGGUUUUUGCACUUGACCACAGUCGCCUGGAUAUCGGCGAGCCGCGUAUCACAAUAGCUGAGGUGCACCCAAAUUGGGAUCCACGUACGAUUUCUAAGGAACCCAAGUCCGCUCAUUGCUGGUUCAAAAAGACUGCGUCAGAUGACGCGAUAUCUCUUGGUGUUUACUCUUCACCGCCUCCUAUCUACCAGACGCCAACUCCUCAGGCAAUUGUUAGAAAUAUUGGAUCCAAGUGUCUUGGAUUUUACAUUCCCAUGCUGAUAUCGUCAAUUCCUGCAAGCGGUGCAGAAUUGGCUUGGGAGCCUGGCACAUGGAGGGUCUCAAAUCUAAUGGAAUCGCCAACAGCUCUCAGGAAUCUUGCAUGGUUGUUACAGCGAGCUAGCUCAGUGGACCAAUUUAGCGAAUGGAAUAGUAUAUGUUUGGGUGGUGAAGAAUACAGCAAAGUGUGUGGUAUUUGCGCGCCUCGAAAACCUCGACUAGUAUGGGCCUUGGACGAUAAAGACCGCAUCUAUGCCUACGAAGACCCAAAGGAUGCUGCCGUUUACGAGCAAAGUAUAAAGAAGCGACCUGCAGCAUUUCUUGGGUUUACUAGGCUUGGCCAUGAUUCUGUUCUACAGGUCAAAUUAUGUUUGAAUGUGAUAACUCUUGCCCAUCAAGCAAGGGGGAAGCUUGCCAAAUGGGAUGAAGUGUCUCUACAAUGGCGGCUCUGCAUUGAUAACGUCGGUUUUCUUCGCCAACGAUUACCCACGUUGAAGGAGAAAAACAACAAAGCCGACACUGAAUCAACACAACCUCCCGGAUUCAAGUUCUUUAAUCUCCGCCCGGAACAACUGCGAUCACUUACCUGGAUGAGGGAACAGGAGGAUAUUGCUCAACCUUUUCAAGAGGAGGAAGUCGUGGAAGCUAUGCUGCCAGCUGUAAAUUGGAGAGCUGAAGCAAAAGCUACGGUUAAACACCUUGUGCGUGGGGGUAUUUUGGGUGAUGAUGUUGGAUAUGGAAAAACUGCGAUAACUCUUGGUUUAAUCGACUCUCAAUUCACCAAAAAUUCAAAAAAUGUGCCUAGCUCUGUGAAACGGGCGAUUCCCAUCAAAGCUACUUUGAUUGUCGCACCCCAGCAUUUGAUGGACCAAUGGUCUCGUGAAAUUACCAAAUUUUUGGGCAAGAAGUAUAAUGUUUUGGAAAUCAAAUCGAUUGCUUCGCUUCGAUCACUAACUAUUCGCCGAUUUGGAAUGGCUGAUAUUGUGUUACUGUCAACUUCCGUGGUUCGUGGAGCGAGCUACUAUGAUAGGAUGGAGCUUUUUGCGGCCUCGUCUGCCGUACCCAAGGGGGAUGGGAGGAUCUUUGAUGAAUGGCUGAAUGACACGAUGGAUGCUGUUAGGGAUCAUGUUGAUCUUCUGGUGACGGAAGGGCCUGAAGUGGUACUCCAGAACAUGGUCCGGAAGCGAACUAAUCUUAAGAACAGUGGAAUAUACUCAAAAUUCCAACCCUCGAGGCGGUUAAAGGGUCAAAAGUUCCAAGAUCAUCUAUUGAAACUCCAGGAACAAAUGCGAAAGAUUGAUGGCGAUGACGUGACCGCUGAUAAAUUAGAUAGCCACUCAGAGCCGAGACUCAACAAUACCCCAGCGAAACUGCGGAAGGCAAAGAGGAAAAUAAUGGAGGACUAUAAGGAAGAUGAAUGUACCGCCAAGGGUCCCCGAGCAAAGAAGCCGAAAGGAAAAUCAAAUUUAGCAACUGAAGAGCUCUCUAGCCAGUCCGACAACGUUUUUCAGCUUUUGAAGUGCGACGGCGAUUGGAAGAGAAUGCGUUCUCCAUUGAUUCACAUGUUUGAAUACAGCCGUAUUGUGAUUGAUGAGUUUACGUACUCGAAGGAUCGAAACUACUCAUCAGUGCUUGCAAUUCCUGCUCGCAGCAAAUGGAUCCUAUCUGGAACACCGCCCCUUAACGACUUUGCCGACGUAAAGUCAUUCUCUCCCUUUCUCGGAAUCACUCUAGGAGUAGAUGACGAAGAAGGCCGGGAAACGGAAAAUGAAAGACUGAGAACCAUUCAACGGGAUCAGACAGAUGCUGAGCAAUUUCAACCUUUUGUUACCCGGCAUAGUGCAGCGUGGCAUCGAAGACGACAUAAUGUAGCCCAGGGGUUUCUUGAUCAAUUUAUGCGGAAGAAUAUCCCUGGUAUCGAUGAAAUACCCUGGACAGAACAUAUCUGUCCCGUUAUUUUGGCUCCCCGAGAACGAGCGGCCUACCUUGAGCUGUUCAUGCAGUUAAUGUCGCAGAAUCUAAAGCUUCGUAGAAACGGAAGAGGUCUAUAUGACUCUUCUGCAAUGUCCCGCAAUGACGCUAUACUUGGAAAUAGCAGUGGACCUGAAGAAGCUCUGAUAAAAUGUUCCUCUUACUUUGUACCCCUUGAAAAGAUAAUGGGUAAACGAUUGAUUGAUAAAACAGAGAGCGUCAAAACGGACGAUGGUAGCACUCCGUCAAGCGCAAGCAGCAUUUUUGAAAGUGACGACGGAAGGGAUUCAGUGACAUGUGAAACAGAUGCCACAUCUGUUUGCUCGGGCGAGGAAAACGCCCUAUUCGCAAGGGAUACACAGUUCUAUGCUCUUGCACUAGAUAUAAUUGAAAAGCUCAGGCAUGCGUUUUGGUUACAAUCUAAAAUUGAAACGACAACACAUUUCGAUACGCUAAUAAAACAUUUAGAGAGAAAUGGGGCUGGUGACCUGGGGGUUACCUCGUGUUUCCGCAAUGCAAUUACUGCCGCGCGCACAGCAUAUACCCCUAAAGAUGGGCAGUGCUACUAUUUAACAACUCAGGAGAAAAAACAAAAGCCGUCUGACAUUCGCCUUGAAUAUCCAACGACGCAAUCCGAAUUUAUCAGCGACCUGAACGCUUGCACUGAUAGCUUGCGCAGACUGCUUGAAGAAGCCCUGGUUCGUGUAAGGGCUGCGAGGCUUUUCGUUGUCGUGCGGUCAUUGCAGGAACGACAGCUCGAGGAUGUGUUUGCUUGCUCCUCAUGUUUCAGACGACUCGCAUGCCCAAAUUCACUCACUAUAUUGGGUGAAUGUGGGCAUGCCUGCUGCGAAUCGUGUAUUGAGAUUGCGAAAGUUGAGGAAUCUUGUCGCCUUCCAGCGUGCAGCGGCGGAGCACAAAGUUUCCGGAUGAUCAAGUAUUCUGACAUUUCCAUCAGCAACAAAGACAUUGACAAUGACACCGACAACAAUGCCAGUGACGAAAAAUGGCAAGGGUACCGCGGAACAAAAUUGUUAGAGUUGAUUCGACUUAUACAAGAUACCGACCGUAUCGCAGAAGACGAACAGGUGUUACUUUUCAUACAGUUUUCAGAUCUCAUGGAAUCCGCUUCUGCUGCGCUGCAGCAAGCAAACAUUCCUCAUCUAAUGAUCCCCGCCACUGAUCGCAUGGCCUCUUCUAAGAUAGCACAAUUCCAGACUGGCACUGAAAAAGUGAAGAGCAAGGUUCUCAUCUUGCAUCUGGGAGAUGUUUCGGCAUCCGGAUUGAACCUUCAAAACGCAAACCACGUCAUCUUCUUUCACCCUUUAUUCGCUAAGUCACAGUACGAUUACAAUUCGGGAAUGGCACAGGCGAUUGGACGGUCUCGACGCUACGGUCAACAAAAGCAUGUGCACAUAUAUCACUUCCUAGCUCUAAAGACGAUUGAGGUAAACAUUUUUGAACAGCGUCGGCAGGAGCGUUUGGUGAAAAGAGAUAGGGGGUUUCUCUCUGUGUCAGGUAGCGAAGUUUUAUUGCCUACGGAUGAGCUUGGAUGGAGAGGCAGCUCAUUGGAUGGUAGCAAUGCUGCUGAUAUCUGAUUUUGGGGGUUGUGCGUAGCUUUAUUCUUUCCAAGGUUGGGUGGUGGAGUACUCUUUUUCAAAUGCGAUUUUUCUUAGUUUGCGAUGAGGCGAAGGAACAGUUAUUUUCUGAAACAGCCCGUCGCUAUUGCCUUUUUGCAGUGUUUCAUGUGUGUCUUUUGUGAGGUUUCGUAUCUUGUUCUUAUAGUUGUUCGUUAGUGAAGGAUAGGUUGGAGUUAUGGAUAAAAAUGAGCGCGUAUUUAAAAUAUGUACAUGUACGUGAAACAGUACCGCCCGGCGAGCUAGGAAUUAAUAACUAAUAUGGUAGUUCUUUAGUACGCAAAUCAGUUCGUGGUUAUGACGAUUGCAGGGAUAAUAAAUAUCCGACCUCAAAGGCAUCUGGUUAUUCCACAUUGAGUUCUGCGGAAUUAAGACAUACUUUAGGAUGGAAAGGAAAGGAAAAUUGAAACGUUAGCAAAUGCACCCAGAAGUUAAGCAUUGAACAGACAUCCUAGUGAAAAUACAGCGAAAUUUUAAAUGAAAC